AUGGCUGCCAUACUGGUACAUGGUUAUGUCCAACUGUGGAAUAGGAAGAAAGGGAUGUCUAAGUCAAAGGAAGCAUUCAUUGAAACAGUGGUAGGAAAGGACAAAGUUAAACUUCUGCUGUAUUUCAACACUGGAAGUGUUAAAACUUUGCUACUCAGUGAUAUUAAAAAUGUGAUUCUUAGAUCCUAUGGAGAAAACAGAAAUGACCUGUAUUUAACUUUGCAAAAUAAUGACUUUUUGUUUAUUGAAAGAUUAGCCUUCACAGAUGCCCAGCAAUUGAAGGCAUUCCUAGAUAGUGUCUGUGAAACUAAUCUUCAACCACCCAUGAGAUCUGAUAAGGGAGAGGGUAUCUUUACCAGCACAACCACACAGAAGGAGAUCAAUAAAACUUCACUGAACAAAGAUUGUAAGAAAACAAGUAGUGGAUGCUUUGAGACAGCAGAAGAAACUAAAACGUCCUACCUUCAGAAGAUGCCUUUGUUUAUAGCAAAAUCACCAACACCUAUUAGUAAAAAGUUGUUAGAAAAGCAACAGGAAAAGAGGAAAAGAAUCCUAUUCUCUAGUUCAGACAGAAAUGAAAAUAAGACCCUCCUGAUAGAAGAUAACUCCAUAAGAAACAAGAAAUCUAAGGCAGAUUCCUUGGAGUGUAUCAGUCAUAAUUGGGAGAAACAGUUGAAGUUUAGAGAGUCAGAAGAGAAUGAGAAGUCAGCUUUUGAAUUUUCAUUCAUGGCCGACUUUACUGGAAACUCUUCCCGAGAUGAUACGCAUCCCCAAACUUUUGCUGAGAAAAUAUUCUUUCCAUUUCUGGUGGAUCCCAACUCUAUUGAGUGUGGCCUAGACUGGGAAAAUCUCGAGAUGUUCCUUGCAUUUUGUCCAGAGAAAGUAUGUCAUGGUCUUCCCAAUUUGGGAAACACCUGUUAUAUGAAUGCAGUUUUACAGUCGUUAUGUUCAAUUCCAUCAUUUAUUAAUGAUAUACUCAGUCAGAGUUUCCAAUGGUCUAGAGUUCCCCGUGAUGCUUUUAGCAUGUGCUUAGCACAGCUGCUUGUUUUGAAAGAUGUGUAUGACAUAACAAUGAAGGGGAAGGUACUUAGGAAUAUUAAAAGAGCCAUUUCAGAAAUUGCAGAAAUAUUCUCUGGUGACAUACAGAAUGAUGCUCAUGAGUUUUUAAGUUUCUGUUUAAAUCAUAUGAAGGAGACCAUACAAAAAUUAAGUGUAACUCAGGAAGAUGAUUCUGGGAAAGAAACUUCACCUCACCCAAGUUUUGUUGAUAAUGCUGCCACCAAAAGUCUGUUGUGUCCUGUCAUCACUAAUUUUGAGCUUGAGUUGCUGGGCUCUAUUUUUUGUAAAGGCUGUGGUAGAGCUGUUCUUAAGACAGAACCCAGUAAUUAUCUCUCCAUCAACCUUCCCCAAGGAAGGAAAGUAAGUCCUUUGUCUAUUCAAUCGUCUAUUGAUCUUUUCUUCAGAGCAGAAGAGAUUGAAUAUAAAUGUGAGAGGUGCAAGCACAGGCAGUCUGUUACAAUGUAUAAAUUCAGUAGGCUACCUAGGAUCCUGAUUGUUCAUCUGAAACGCUAUAGCUUUAAUGAGAUGUGGUCAUUAAGGAAGGAUGAGCAGAAAGUCAUUGUUUCUAAAUAUGUAAAGUUGUCUUCCCAUUGCAAUGGGAACACAAAACUACCUCUUCCCCUUAGUAAGAAUGCUCAUAUUAGGGAUCUUGAGUUACUGAAAAUUUUUCAAAAGAUGACGUUUGAAAUGAUUAACUCACCAACCCCUUCAGCAGAGUUGAUCUCAAAAUCCAAGGAGUCCCUGUCUCUACACUUUGAAUCAGACAAGGAAUUGGAACCACAAAAGUCCCAGAGAUUCUUUAAAAAGGCAAGCAGAGAACAGCAAAAAGACCUGGAGAAAGAUUCUAAACUGAAUAUAAUGGAAUCAGGAGAUGAGAUGCUUUUUGAAGAAGAGCUAUUCACUGACUCGAUGUAUCUGGAAGACGACUUUAUUUCUCUGAUCCACAAAGAUGGAGGCAAACCUGCUAGCAGCCCAGACAUAUGUAUCGAAGAUAAUUGUCUUCAAGAAAUACCUGAAAAUUCCAAGCUAGAUAAAUAUGAGAAUACAAAUGUAUUUAUAGAUUUUGAUAGUGUCAGUGAGCCUUUUGAAGAUUUUGAUGAAGAUCCACACCCGACAUUUCCAGAAAGUUUCCCCAGAGUGGAUCAACAGAUCCAGAGGUAUGAUGGGGGUAGAAUCCAUAAAGAAGCUCCUCCCCAUCAGGCACUUCCUCAAAGCCUUCCAGAGCUAAAUGCCCAGGGGCACACACAGAACUUCAGAAGCCCUACAAAAUUAAAUCUCCAGAAGGCUAACCUGAAUUCUGAUAAGAACCCUGGAAAUCAUAAGACAGAAUCAAAAGCCAAGGAACCAAAAGGAAAUGCUGAUAAGGGAGAUCCUCAUACCUAUCGGCUCAUUGGUGUUAUUAGCCAUCUUGGGAAUACCCCCCAUUCAGGCCACUAUAUCAGUGAUGCCUACGACUUUAAGACGCAGCAAUGGUUCACAUACAAUGAUGUACAGGUAUCAAGUAUCCCAGAGUUCGAGGUGCAGGAGUCUAGGAUUUCCACUGGGUAUAUCUUCUUUUACAUGUAUAAUGAGGCCUUUGAACAACUGUUGGCAAGGGGACAAAACUCCAGGUCUUGUAGUACCAAGGCAAAGAAGACCUCUUGA